UGGGGCAGCUUUAUGGGGCAGUGCUAUGGGGCAGGGCUGUGGGGCAGGGCUGUGGGGCAGCGCUGACACCCGGCCCUCAGCAGCAGCGCUGCCAGGGGAGGGAGGGCAGCGCCAUGGAGGCGGCGUGCGGCGACGGCGGCCACGACGGCAGCGGCCACGACAGCCAUGGCGGCGACCACGACGGCAGCCACGACGGUCCCCACCACCACCAUCACCACCACCACCACCACCGCCACGACGGCGGCGAUUCGGGGCUCCUGCACGUGGAUUUCCCCGAGAUCACCAGCGCCCUCCUGGCCAACCUGAACCAGCAGCGCGUGGAAGGGAAGCUGUGCGACAUCUCCAUCCACGUGCAGGGCCGCGUCUUCCGCGCCCACCGCGCCGUGCUGGCCGCCUCCUCUCCCUACUUCCACGACCAGGUGCUGCUGAAGAACAUGACCUCCAUCGUCCUCCCCAACGUCAUGGACCCCGCGGCCUUCGAGACGGUGCUGGGCUCGGCCUACACGGGCCGGCUGUCCAUGGCGCCCGAGGAGAUCGUCAACUUCCUGACGGUGGGCAGCGUCCUGCAGAUGUGGCACAUCGUGGAUAAGUGCACCGAGCUGCUCAAGGAGGGCCGCGUGGCCGUGGGGGCGGCGUCGUCGUCGUCGUCGCUGGGGAUGGGGUCGUUGGCAUCCAUGGGGCCGGCGUCGUCAAUGGGGCUGGCGUCGUCGGUAGGGCCGGCGUCGUCAUCCAUGGGGCCGUCGCCGAUGGGGAUGGGGCCGUCGCCAUCCGUCUCGGCGUCGCUGGGGCUGGGGCUGUCAUCGUCCGUGGGUCUGGCGUCGUCCGUGGGUCUGGCGUCGUCCGUGGGCCCGGCGUCGUCCUCCGUGGGCCCAGCGUCGUCGUCGCUGCGCCCCCACUCCAGCCGCACCAGCGACAACCAGUCCCCCAGCAGCUCCAAUUACUUCAGCCCCCGCCAGACCCCCGAGGAGCCCCCCAGGGCCGCCGGCACCGCCGGCCCCCAGCCCCCCCGGCCCCGCGACGGGGCGGCCUCCAAGGGCUCCGCGGACGCUCUGGAUGCGGAGGAGGAGGAGGAGGAGGAGGACGAGGAAGAGGCCGGCCGCCGGCCGCUGUACGUGCGGCCCAGCAUCGUGCCCCACAAGCAGUGGGUCUACGUCAAGCAGGAGUGGCUGCAGGAGGACCUGGUCCUCACCUGCGAGGAGGACGAAGACCCGCUGCCCCCCCGGCCGCCCAAGGCGGAGGAGGAGGAGGACGAGCAGGUCGACUUCUGCGAGUCCUCCGAGGAUUUCCCGUCCCCUUACGGCGGCCUGGAGGAGCCCCCCGAGGCCCCCGGCCCCCCGCCCCGCCCGCUGCUCCCCAUGGACAUGCAGGGCAACCAGAUCCUGGUCUUCCCCCCCCAGGCCGGGGCGGAGCACGGCGCCGUGCGGCUGCCGGCGGCCCCUGACGGCAACAAGAUCUUCAUGUGCCACUGCGGGAAGGCCUUCUCCCACAAGAGCAUGCGCGACCGCCACGUCAACAUGCACCUCAACCUGCGGCCCUUCGCCUGCCCCGUGUGCAGCAAGAAGUUCAAGAUGAAGCACCACCUGACGGAGCACAUGAAGACCCACACCGGCCUCAAGCCCUACCAGUGCGACGUCUGCGCCAAGAAGUUCAUGUGGCGGGACAGCUUUGUGCGCCACAAGGCGCACUGCGAGCGCAGGCACCGCGCCGCCGCACAGCUGGGCGCGCAGCCCCCGGGGGGCCGGAGGGGGGCGGGGGGCGGCUGGGGGGCCGAGGGGCAGAGGGAGGCGGCGUGAGGGGGGCUGGGGGGCGGCGGGGGGAAGGGGAGGCUUUGGGGACGGCCUGGGGGGCUGCGGCGUGGGGGCGGCUGGGGGCACCGGGGGCGUCUGGGUCACAUCCCAUGGGGACGUCUGGGUGACACCAAGGACAUCUGGGUCACAUCCCAUGGGGACGUCUGGGUGACACCAAGGACGUCUGGGUCACAUCCCUUGGGGACGUCUGGGUCACAUCCCAUGGGGACAUCGGGAUCACAUCCCAUGGGGACGUCUGGGUGACACCAAGGACGUCUGGGUCACAUCUGAUAGGAACGUCUGGGUCACAUCCCUUGGUCACGUCUGGGUCACAUCCCAUGGGGGCGGCUGGGGACACCGGGGGCGUCUGGGUCACAUCCUAU